GACGAGCGUCAAAGCGUGGCAGGAGAACAACAUUUUCACGAAGAAAAUAAUUGCUUAUCCUGUAGUAGUGUUUUUUGUGGACCCCUAGGAGCAGAUAACACCACGUAUCGUAGCACAGCGCUUAUUCACGAUGGCCAAGUCUAUGCAAUGGAUGCGCCAGACAUGCAACACGUCGCCGCUGCCCCUGGUGCUGCACGCACUGAAAAUCAACAAGCGCAGAGUUUUCAUGUUACUUAUGUGCAGCAGGAGGCACAGUCGAAAGAGGGAAUUGAAAGGGAAGGCGCGUUUUGGAAUCUACGUAUCCCAAUGUCACAACUGAAAGUCGAACCUGGGCAGUGUGUAGCCGUACAAGUAGUGCCCCUUCGCCGGGUAGCCACCCCGUCGUAUGAUCCGCAGCAUGAGCAAGCAGAUGACUCAUUGUCAUAUACCUCAAGAGCAGGCAAUGCGAAGCGGAGGAGGAUAGCAGCUGAAGAAGUGCAGGCAUCGUCGACCACCCAGACGAUAGAGUUGCGGCCGCGGCGGCGCAGUAGCACAACCGGUGACGCUGGUGCAUGGGACUCGGUCGAGCUGCCUGGCGAACUGAGGACGGAGGGACACACUCCUGCACCCGAGCUGGGCAUUGUCAUGAAUCCUGAAGCACUGCCUGCUGCCGGGUCAAUACUAGUAGAGCCCGGUGUUGAUCCUGUGUCGGGGACGUCACACGAAGUGGGGAAGAGUUCUGCCUUGAGUCCGAAACUCCUAGUAGGUUCAACUGGCGACGUUUCUGUUAGAUAUGUUCCGGAGCCUCAGCCUGUCGAAUUUGGGGAAGCUGGCGAAAUAGAAGAGUUGGGCGAGACCGCUGCCAGCGAAAAGGAGGACAGACAAAAAACUAGAAAUAUGACCGGUAGCACUUUUUCAUCAUUAUUCAGCUUGCCUGAAGAUCCUGACUCCUGAGUGUCAAUCCCUCAUCUCGGACCCUAAUGGAGUCUUUGGGAAAUCUCGCACGUCACGUCGAUGAUGAAAAAUGAUUGCGCCUAUUAAUAGUGGCGUAGAAGAAGCGCAAGGUGGGCAAAUGCCGGGAGCGCAACCUUCUAGUAGUAGCGUUUGUCAUGGCGAUUUGGUACCACUGCCAUCUUGUUUGAGUUCUAGCAUCGCGGCUCCGUGGAUCUUUUCUCCGGAAUCGGCAACCACUGCUGUCGAUAUCGCGCAAACGACAUUGGCAUCUUCCGCAUUUCACGAUGAUGCGUCUAGAGGUUGGGAUGGGGAGUCGUUUUCUGCUGUCGCAUCGUCUGUCGCACAUGCUAACUUUGCAGAAGCUUCGUCCUCCAGCUACAUCAAUAAUACUAACCAUCAUCAGCGUCAUUAUUCAGAUCAAGUAGCCGUUUCUCCUUCCAUCGAGAAGGGGAAGGGUAAUCGGGGUGGAAAAGGUCGUGGUAAGAGUUAUGACAAGACCGGAGCAAAUACGAAGGGAGGAAAGCAAAAUGAGUGGGUCGCCGGAAAGAAAGGACCGAAAGCAGGAAAACCGGAGCAGGAAUGGCCGCGACAGAAAAAACGGCGUGGUAGAGCCAAGGCCAAUGCAACGAAAGCACGCAACGCGGUAGCGGAGGAAGGACUACAAAAAGGGAAAAGUAGUCAUGCAAAUAAAGGCGCGAAAGGCCAGGGUAGUAAAAAUACGAAAAAGAGAAAACUUGCAGAGACGAUGGCUGGCACUGAAGAGACCUACUUUCAUGCGGGAGACGAUACGCCACGCCUUCCCCGUGAGGACGGACCACUACCCGACCCCAAAGAUGCAACGAGUAGUGCUACUUCGGAACAAGCCGCAUCGCUUCAAGGCGUCGUCACAAGUUGUAGGACAGAAAAUUCCUCAACUGGCAAAACCAAAAAUGAUCAAUCACAUUCUGCAAUGCUGGAAAAGGGAAAGGCGAAGGCUGAGGCUCCUCCGAUAGCACCUUCAAGCAAAACGAGUAGAGCAACAAGUUAUAGCCAAAGAGCGCCCUCUGGUCGGGUAGAGGAAGCUGCCUCUGAAGCAUUAGGCUCCCGUGCUUUCAACCGUACUAAAGCACCCAAGUGGCUUCGACAAAAUGCGGCGUCGUCUCUUUGCAUGUGGAAAAUAAGUGGUUCCUCCUCAUCUUCAUCCUCCUCGUGCAACGUGACGCAGCAACAUCAAAACGCGACCCAGCACCAGCAUCAAGUAGGUACAAGUCUCUCCGCAGAAACGAAUGCAGCUGGGAAAGAUAGCGGUUCAACACUGACCACUCGUAAGGCGUCUAGGUCAGGGAACCAACCAUGGAACGUUCUUCUUUGCACUGAGAAGGCCAAGAAGGAGUACGCCGAGCAGCAGAAAGGCGUGCCUCAGGGUGAAGGCGAAGAGAACUGGGUGGAGCAAGAAUGGGACGACGAAUGGGAUGAAGGCCAGUGGUGGAGUAGCUCAGCGACAUCUAUUAAGGCCACCAACAAAGCCAGACCCACCCUCAGAAUCAUCCUCAAGUAUGGCGACGAGCCCUGCUCAGAGCCUUCACUGGCUAUUUUUCGAAAAGUCGCUGAUCAAGGUCAGGGACACCCCUUGUGGUUUUCCCAAACUAUGAUGUGGAAAAGACGCUGAGGAUGCUGGUGUCGGGGAUGCGAAGGCUGUAGCUCUAACUCAAGGACGGGUGAUCGUGCAAAGGACUGGUCGUGGAAAGGGCCGCAAGUCGAACGCGGAGUCAGUUUGGCACAAAAACUGGAAAUGUAUAAAUAUAUAAUUUGAACUCAUUUUUCUUUACAAAAGUGCAUUUUGCUGUACACUUUUUAUUUUGACACCAAUGGCAGUGACUCCGCAAGAAUUGUGUUUCGACAGCAAGCUGCCGCUCACACAGAAUGAGUUUUUGCAUCCUCAUGAUUACCUUCAUCUCACCACAGAAGAUGAUACCAUCUUAGCUGAUCAAAUGCAGUCUGUUUUUGAUAAAAGAAAUCCAUUUUACGAAACCCAGUGCAGGGAAUAUCUUUAUCAUUUUCUUUAUCGAACUUCUCGUACAGGUGUGGUCCGGAGAGAACGAGCAGUAGCGUGAUUGGUUCAGAAAAUGUACAGGAUCACUCAAUUGAGGAGCGUCAGGCACGCCGCGAGCAGGAAAUUGCGAGAUUCAAGUCCGGUGAGGCAUUUAUGUACCAUUCUGCACUUGUUAUCCAACUGAAUGGGUAAAGCCGAUCGGAAUCACUACUCUGCAUCGAAUAUUGCAAACUACAGUAUCAACACUCCGAAGACAGGAGUGGGUGAAGCCCCCAACAUCUUUUUUACUUUCUAAGAAGGACAAGGCCUAUGAGCGAAUACGUGAGCUGCGAACGGGAUGUCCUCAUCUCGUUGGGGAAUUCCCAGCCGAACCUCCGAAGACGCCUGUAGUAGACCCCAAAAUGUCAACACGCAAGUGGAGAUAUGACCGUGAGCAUUGGUAUAUCCGCGUAACGAAUUACGUGAAGGCAUUCGACAUCGUUGAAGUCACAGAUAACGACGACAGCAGCGAAUGACGAAACGAUGUGUGAGGUGUAUUUUCGACCAUAGGGAUUGUAAUAUACGUCUAACAAAAUUUGUUCCGUGCUACGCAGGAAACUACACAGCGUCAUCACAUAAGUAGGAAUUUUGCUAUGUUCUAAAUGAGCUGUUGAUUUUCCAGCGUUUGAAUUUGAAAUACUUCUGUGCUAAGAAAGAUGAAUCAGGUUUAAUGGAGACAUUCAACUCAGACGUUUUCAGAAGAGGUACCGAAAAAGCCAUGCCACUCGAGAAUGAAAAGUGGAUGCGAUUAUGCUCGCACUUUUUUUACUGUAACGCGCCCAUCGGUUUUAUGCAUUGAUUCAUGACGAGAACGAUCAGAAGGUUAGUUGGUGAAAAAUGCCAGUAUGAGUAGGCUCGGU